AUGUACAAGUGGGUCACGGUGUUUGCUCAAGAUUAUGAAGUUACUGAAAUCCAGUGCACGUUCGCUUUAGGCAACAGUAUCGGAACCAGGGAUUCCAUCAUAGCAAAACUAAAGAAACCGGACGGAUUCAAAGGGCAUCCGCUAUUCGCUGACGAUCGAGGAGUGGACGCAGAAACGGAUGCAUCCUGUCAAAUCAGGCCUGAUCUCAACGAUGCCACAGGAAUGAAAUAUAAUUUGAAGAUUUUGGAUUUCAGUAGGUGUGGGGUGCUAAAGAGGAACGGAUUCGUCCAUGUCAGGGUGUGGUUCCCGCAGUUUCCGGGUGUGGUGAUGCAAUCGGACCAAGAGCUGAUAAUUAUGUGCAAACCUCCCGAACCCACGGUCAUUGAAAAUAAAGCAGCGGGGUUCGCUGGUAGCUUCCCUCACGGCGCUAGGGUGUCAGGUGUGGUCGAAGAAACUCCCGGUCGUCUAGAAUACGAAGUGGCCUUGUAUAAAGAAGCGCCUGCAGCCAGAAUUAGUAAUACAUCAGCAACUAGUAACGAACUUCCAGUGGACCAGGCGGUUCCUAUAGGUACGAAACUACAACUCAGAGCGAGGAUCAGUCCGGAUUCUGCCUGGAAAUACGUCAAAUUAAUGGAAGUGACUGUUAGUCCGGAUCCCGAUGAUCCGCACAUGAGCGGCAGCGUGGCUUUGGUUAAAGAUGGUUGCCGCAAUAGAGACUUCUCGUCCAUCAUCCCCCACCAACCAGCUAGAUACAGAGAACGUCCGAACGAAGUGUUUCUAGACUUCGAAGCGUUCCUCCUCAGCACCAUGAAAGAACGUUCGACCUUGUGGAUCCAUUCCCAAAUCAAAGCCUGCAUGGAGGCCAUAGACUGCCAACCAGAUUUCUGCCUGGACCUGUUCGAGCCCUCGGGACACGGCAGGAAGAAGAGGAACGCCGAAAUCAUAGAAAUCGUCGAACAGACGCAUUUACCAGCGCUUGCGCAAAACGGUACACAAUUUACGAAAAUUAAAGGUAACCUGGAAUACACUGUUCUCAUGCCAGGUGAAUUCUACCACCGAAAUCCUGGUUUGGAAGGCAGUUGUAGCACGUUCUUAGUUGUAGCCGCCAUUUUAGGUGCUCUACUAUUCCUGUCGGCUUUUAUUAUGUGUUGGUUGGCUACUAAACUACACACGGCUCUAGUAGGGGUUAAUAGUGAUGGAAAAAACAUUGAUCAGCUCGUCAGGGAUAGCAGGAGGUAUUCCGAUUCGGGAUAUACGGGAAGGGCUACGACUCAGUGACCAAAGUUAUUUUAGUUUGGGUGUUUUGGGUAUUUGGGCUGUUUUUUUUUAAUCGUAUAAGAGUUCAAGGUGUUUUGAUAAACUGAAUAAUAUUGAAAAGUAAGCUAUAUAAAAAUUCGUCAUUUUAUGUUUGAUACGUUGAAUGGAG